UAGUAUGCCGCCUUCUCCAAUUGAAGCUCAUCCCCACAACACAAAGACGGUCUUAUGUCGCCAUUCUCAACCAAUACUUAAACCUUGUCGAAUCAACCCAGUUUACAACAAAAGAUUCAACUCUUUCAAGACAUGGUCUGGAAAACUCGAGCGUCAGCUCUCAACAAUUCGGGGGAGACAUCGCGAAACGGAGCAGCCACAUAUUCAAGCCCCACAAGAGUUCGAAGUUUUGCCCAUACAACGAUAUUUUGACGCCCUAGAGGGCCCAGAACUCGAAACUCUACGCGUCUCGGAAGAAAUAAUUCUUCCAGAAGACGAGCAAUGGCCAUUCCUCCUCCGGUUCCCGAUCUCCUCAUUCGGAAUCUGUCUCGGCAUCGGCAGCCAAGCCCUAAUGUGGAAGCAUCUCUCGUCGUCGGCCGCGAUCUCCUUCCUCCACGUCAGCCCUUUCAUCAAUAUGGCAUUAUGGAUCAUGUCCGCGUCUCUCACCCUCGCCGCCGCCGUCCUUUACGCUCUGAAAAUGAUCUUCUACUUCGAGGCCGUCCGCCGCGAGUACUUACACCCGGUCCGCGUCAACUUCUUCUUCGCCCCGUGGAUCGCCCUCCUCUUCUUAGCUCUCGGAGUUCCACCCUCAGUUGAUGAGAUGCUUCCCUCGUAUCUUUGGUACAUUCUCAUGGCUCCGAUCUUGUGCCUCGAGCUGAAGAUCUUCGGGCAGUGGAUGUCCGGCGGAGAGCGGCGGCUGUCGAAGGUGGCCAACCCCUCCAACCAUAUCUGCGUCGUCGGGAAUUUCGCGGGGGCGUUGCUCGGGGCGCGAUUGGGGCUGAAGGAAGGACCCAUAUUCUUCUUCGCGGUUGGAACGGCGCAUUACCUAGUGCUGUUUGUGACUCUCUAUCAACAGCUUCCCACAAACGAGACGCUCCCCAAGGAGCUCCACCCGGUUUUCUUCCUCUUUGUGGCGGCGCCGAGCGUCGCCUCCGUAGCUUGGGCUACGAUUCAGGGCUCCUUCGACUACGGCUCGCGCAUCGCCUACUUCAUCGCCUUGUUCCUCUACGUUUCGCUGGGUGUUCGAGUGAAUUUCUUCCGAGGGUUCAGAUUCUCGUUGGCGUGGUGGGCAUACACGUGUCCUAUGACUGGGGCGGCGAUUGCGACGAUGAGAUAUUCGAGUGCUGUGACAUGCAGAGCCACACAGAUUUUAGCGGUGACACUCUGCGUUGUGGCAACGGUGGCAGUGGCUGCAUUGUUUGUGAACACGGUGGUUCACGCGGUGGUGCACAGGGACCUCUUCCCCAACGACAUGGUGAUCGCGAUCAGCAAGAGGCGGCGCCGUAGACGACGAUGGUACCACAAGAAAUUGGGCAGCUCCGACGUCGGCAGCGUCGAGCAGUACCUUAGGUAUUCGAAAUCGGAUGGGAAAGAUGUUGAGGCUGCUUUUCAUUCUUCAACUCCCACCAACAAAGCUUAAUCAUACUCUAUUUCUAGUUAUUAGAAAUAUGCCACUCACCUCAUUAAAAAGCUUUAUAAGGGGAGGGUUUCCACUCUUUUUCUCUUGUUGUUUGAUGUUUUU